CAUCAUCACGCAUCCUACAAUACCCGCCAUUGCCUGGCUAUUUCUCUACAAACCAUCUCUUUCGGCAAUUUCAAUCGAACCCCUUUCUUUCCUUUCGGCAUCCAAAAUGAUGCUCGAAGACGACAGCAGCGGGCCGGUCCCAAACACUUACGCACGACCUCCGUCACCAGCCUCCACCGGCUCAGCCAUCACAGUCGGCACAUCACAGAACGCCCAUCUUAUUAAAAGCCUCGAACAGGGCGAAUACGUUCCUGACGACGAGACAUGGGAUGACACGCGUAGCCUUACCGACAGUAUCCGCCAGCAUAUCAUCGAUGGUGGCCUACGCUAUCAUGCGUACCACGCUGGGCAAUACAACUUCCCCAACGACGAGACAGAGCAGUAUCGGGACGACCUCAAGCACAACCUGACCAUCCAUCUUUGCGAAGGAGCCUAUUAUUACGCUCCCAUUCAUGAGCGGCUGCUGCAGCCUGGUGCUGAAGUUCUCGAUCUAGGUACUGGAACUGGAAAAUGGUCGAUUGAAUUGGCUGACAUGUAUCCUAAUGCACAAUUCCAUGGCAUGGAUUUAUCACCAAUCCAACCUGAUUGGGUACCCGAGAACGUGCUUUUCGUGGUUGAUGACAUCGAACAUGAAGCUGGAUGGACAUAUCCCGAAAACUCUUUUGAUUAUAUCCAUAUUCGUCAUACCUGCCACUCAAUAAAAAAUCGAACCGAGCUUUGGAACCGAGUUUACAAGCAUCUGAAACCAGGCGGCUACGUUGAAGUUCAAGAGUUUCAGUACGCUGCUGCUUGUGACGACCAGUCAUGUAACCAGCCAUACGCUUGGCGCGAUUUCUUACGAUUCCUGGGGGAUGGACUUGCUGCCCUUGGUUCCAACAUCCAUGCCAUCUUGAACGUCCAGGAUGAGCUAGUCGCUGCCGGUUUCCAAGGUAUUCGACGGAUAGAUCUGAAGUGCCCCAACGGCCCGUGGCCCAAAUUGAGACGUCUUCAAGAGUGCGGCCACAUCCUCCGAGACGUCAUCAUGUGGGGUCUUGUUGGGCUGGCUAGACGACCUUUUAUGCUUGGACUGGGAUGGACUGCCAUUCAGAUUGAAAUGUUCCUUGUCGAUGUCCGCAAGUCUAUUAUUGCGGAAGAAAACGGCUUGCCCAAGUUCCACUCCUAUUUUCCUUUCCACAACAUAUACGGCUACAAACCUCUUGACGCACCUCUUGACGUUGCUUAAAUUAGCUAGCCAUCCACGAUUUUUAAUGAUACCUUUCCGAUACGACGAUAAACGACUAAAUAUACAAGAUACAUAUGCGGCCCGAAAUUUAGAUUUACAUGCUUCAGAUGGCCUAUUGGCUCAUCUUUGACGAUUCGCUGUGCGAUAUUCGCCUUUGGCUUCUUUUGGAGGCAAAACCAUCAGCUUGAUGGCCCUACCUUUGCUUAAUUCCAUCCUAUAUUAUAUUCUCUGGACAAGAACAUGGCCUUUUCUUCUUCUAUUAU